AUGAGUUUUCGGCCCCGUUCACGAGCCACUGAUACCAGCCCCCCCGACAAGCCAUCCGGUCUUCGCCUAAGAAAGCAGCCACUACAAGGCUCUUCAGCCGAUAUGUGCACUGACGAGUUUCAAGCAGAGGACCCAGGGAACUUCGCCGAGCUUAUCAAUAAUGAAAGUGUCCAGACAAGAGAAUUUGGUGAUCAAAAUCGGGUUUGCUUCGUCGGAGGGGCACUAUCCAAUUGUCACUAUUUAAUGCGGCAAACAUAUCCUCAGCAAAUUCGCAGGAACGUUUUCCACUUUGGUGGGCGGCAAUACAGUUACAAAGACACGUCUCAUAAUCUUCAACGUAUUCCGACAGAAGCGCUUGAGAGGCCGAAAAAGGCAGUAGCAGACAAGCUGGUCCGGGCCUACUUUGAUCGGAUCAAUUGCGGAUGGCCAAUUGUAGAUGAAGAGAGCUUUAUGUCUCAGUAUGAAAAGAAUUACCCUAGUGGCCCAUUGCCACUGACGCUCUUGAAUGCAGUCCUCAUGGUCGGGGCUCAUGUGUUAUCUGACAAAAAUGACGAGAUGAAAAAUUUGCAAAGCAUCCUGUUUCAUCGAGCCAAGACUCUCAUCGACUUCCGGCUAGACCAGGACCGAGUUGCGUUCGUACAGGUCGCGCUUCUCAUGACUUGGUAUUCAGACGGCUUAGAAGACAUUGUGGCAAAUACGUGGCACUGGAUUGGAAUUGCCACACACACAGCCCUAGGACUGGGAAUGCAUAGGGACACAUUUCAGUCGACGAUGCAGCCACACUGGAAACGUAUAUGGACACGGGUCUGGUGGAUCUUAUUUCAAUUUGAUACUCUUGCAUCGGCAUCUCUGGGAAGGCCACAGAUUUUAAACCUUGAUGACUCCGAUGUGCCUGAGCUUGUGCCGGAACACUUUCAAGGCAUUCCCAACGCAAACUUACAAUUCUUGAUUCAACAGUCCAAGUUAUGCAUGAUCAUUUCACGCACAGCUAGAGACGGCUGGUCUCUUCGCUCUACCGCUCAAGCCCGAAACAACGCCAUCGAGGCCGCAGAUGAGGCGCUGGCCAGUUUCCUCCAUCAAUUGCCGUCAGAACUUCAACUGCGGGCAACAAAUAUCACAACAUGGCAGGCUAUGCUCCAUUUAACAUAUAACAAUUUCGUCAUUCUCAUCCAUCGGCCACCGCCAAAAGGCGACCCGGAGAACCAAGAGGACGCCAGUUGCACACGGCUCCAUCUGUGUGCUGUGGCUACAGUAGCCAUCAGUUCCAUUCUUGAGUCUCUUAUUGACCAAGGUCUGAUUUGCACAUUGUGGUACUCUGUCAAUCAUAUCAUAUUUACUGCAAUCAUCAAUGCGAGCACCGAAAUCGCCUCAUCAAACCCACUUACAGCGGCUGAAUCACAGCGCAUCUUCCAAUCACUUCUUACCUCAUUGCGGUCGUUUUCACGAUACUGGCGCUACGCACAAGGUUUGUUUCACAUGUUCCAGCAGAGGGCAUUGAGGUUGAAAUCUAGGAGCAUCAUAACAAAUGACCAGCCUCCUCACCAAUCACGUUAUGGCCCGGACCACUUCAUAGCUGUCGACUCGGACCCUGCGGCUCAACAACUGCUAGCUGAAUAUCGGACCGAUAUCGAUCAAGUGACACCCUUGGCUGAUUCAGCCUACGAGAAUGGUCCGUCGUGCUCGGACUACACAUGUUAUCUUCCUAUCACUGAUGAUGAGAUUGAAUGGAACUUGCUGAGUGCGGAUGAAAGUGCUCUCUUAGACAAUAUGUUUCCCUUUGAUUGCCCUCAAGUUGAUAGUUUUCUAAACCAAGUUUUUAAAUAA